CAGACUGAAGAUCCAUCUACUCAUAUUAAGGAGGAAUCGGUCCCAUGGCAAGAUGGAAAUCUUGUUGAAGCUUCCAUUUGCACAACCAAGGGAGAUGCACAAAUGAACUAUACAACAAAAUGUGAAUCCGCAUCAAAUGAAAAACAAAUUCCUAUAAACACUGAUAUUCAUACAGGCACAGACCAUAGACAGACAGAAUAUCCACCUGACCUUAUUAAGGUAGAAUCAGACUCAUGUGAAAUCGGCACUCUCUCCAGUAUCAAGGUUUAUACACCCAUAGGAGAUAAACAGAUGGACUAUACAUCAAAUAAUGAAUCCGUAUCAAACAAAGAAGAAAUUCCGGGAGACAUAGACAUUUAUGCACCCACAGAACAUACACAGACAGAAUAUUCAUCUACUCUUAUUAAGGAGGAAUCAGCAUCAUAUGAGGAUGGAAAUUUCACCACCUUAGACCUUCUGACCCCCACAUGUCAUACUGAAAUACAAAACUCUUCUGAAUGCAGAAAAUGCUUCACUGAAACUUCAGAUAUUAAGAAACAUGUAAGGAUUCAUACAGGAGAAGAAACAUCAAAUCACAAUAAACUUAUGAAGAUUCACACGGGAGAUAAAUUGUUUUCCUGUUCAGAAUGCGGAAAAAGUUUCAGUUGCUUUUAUAGUAUUAAGUCUCAUCUAAAGAUUCACACCAGAGAUAAAUCAUAUUCAUGUUCUGAAUGUGGGAAAUGUUUUGCUGACUUGUCAACUCUUAAGAGACAUCAAAGGAUUCACACCGGAGAGAAAUCAUAUUCAUGUUCUGAAUGUGGGAAAUGUUUUGCUCAAAUGGUACAUCUUAAGUCACAUCACAGGAUUCACACAGGAGAGAAAUUAUUUUCAUGUGCAGAAUGUGGAAAAUGUUUCAGGGACUCUUCCGCUCUUAACAAACAUCAAAGGAUUCACACAGGAGAGAAAUCAUUUUCAUGUGCAGAAUGUGGGAAAGGUUUUGCUCGCUUGUCAACUCUUAAGACACAUCAAAGGAUUCACACAGGAGAGAAACCAUAUUCAUGUUCUGAAUGUGGGAAAUGUUUGGCUCACUUGUCAACUCUUAAGACACAUCAAAGGACUCACACAGGAGAGAAAUCAUAUUCAUGUUCUGAAUGUGGGAAAUGUUUUGCUGACUUGUCAGCUCUUAAGAGACAUCAAAGGAUUCACACCGGAGAGAAAUCAUAUUCAUGUUCUGAAUGUGGGAAAUGUUUUGCUCAAAGUGUACAUCUUAAGUCACAUCACAGGAUUCACACAGGAGAGAAAUUAUUUUCAUGUGCAGAAUGUGGAAAAUGUUUCAGUGACUCUUCCACUCUUAACAAACAUAAAAGGACUCACACAGGAGAGAAAUCAUUUUCAUGUGCAGAAUGUGGAAAAUGUUUUGCUCACUUGUCAACUCUUAAGACACAUCAAAGGAUGCACACAGGAGAAAAACCAUAUUCAUGUUCUGAAUGUGGGAAAUGUUUUGCUCACUUGUCAACUUUUAAGAAACAUCAAAGGUCUCACACAGGAGAGAAAUCAUAUUCAUGUUCUGAAUGUGGGAAAUGUUUUACUCAAAAGACAGACCUAAAGACACAUAUGAGGAUUCACACAGGAGAGAAACCAUUGUCAUGUUCUGAAUGUGGGAAAUGCUUCACUCAAAAGACAGAGCUAAAGACACAUAUGAGGAUUCACACAGUAGAGAAACCAUUUUCAUGUUCAGAAUGUGGGAAAUGUUUCAGACAAAUGGCAACUCUUAAGACCCAUUUAAGGAUUCACACAGGAGAGAAACCAUUUUCAUGUUCAGAAUGUGGGAAAUGUUUUGCUCAAAUGACAAAUCUUAAGUCACAUCAGAGGGUUCACACAGGAGAAAAAACAAUUUCUUGUUUAGAAUGUGGGAAAUGUUUUGCUCAAAUGUCAGAGCUUAAGAAACAUAUGAGGUUUCACACAGGAGAAAAACCAUUUUCAUGUGCAGAAUGUGGGAAAUGUUUCACUGACCAUUCAAAUCUUAGAACACAUCAGAAGACUCACACAGGAGAAAAACCAUAUUCUUGUUCUGCGUGUGGGAGAUGCUUUGCUCACAUGUCAAAUCUUAAGAUACAUCAGAGGACUCACACGGGAGAAAAACCUUUUUCUUGUUCUGAAUGUGGGAAGAGUUUUGCUCAAGUAGCAAAUUACAAGAAGCACAUGAGGAUUCAUACAGGAGAGAAGCCAUUUUCCUGUUCAGAGUGUGGAAAAUGUUUCAGUGAUCCUUCUGCUUUUAUGAAUCAUCUAAAGAUUCAUACAGGAGAGAAACCAUUUUCAUGUUCAGAAUGUGGAAAAUGUUUCACCGACCUUUCAAAUCUUAAAAAUCAUCAGAAGAUUCACACAGGAGAGAAACCAUUUUCAUGUUCUGAAUGUGGGAAAUGUUUUGCUCACAUGGCAAAUCUCCAGACACAUCAGAGGAUUCACACUGGAGAGAAACCAUUUUCAUGUUCAGAAUGCAACAAAUGUUUUAGUCAACUGACAAACCUUCAGACACACCAGAAGAUUCACACAGGAGAAAAACCAUUUUCUUGUUCCGAAUGUGGGAAAUGUUUCACUGACCAUUCAACUCUUAAGAAUCAUCAGAAGAUUCACACAGGAGAAAAAACAUUUUCAUGUUCAGAAUGUGGGAAAUGUUUCAGUCAAAUGACAAAUCUUCAGACCCAUCAGAGGAUUCACACAGAAGAAAAACCAUUUUUAUGUUUAGAAUGUGGGAAAUUUUUUAGUGACCAUUCAACUCUUAAAAAUCAUCAGAAGAUUCACACAGGAGAGAAACCAUUUUCUUGCAAAGAAUGCGGAAAAAGUUUCAGUCACUCUUAUAAUCUUAAGGCUCAUCUAAAGAUUCACACCGGAGAGAAAUCCUAUUCAUGUUCUGAAUGUGGGAAAUGUUUUGCUCACUUGUCAGCUCUUAAGAGACAUCAAAGGAUUCACGGAGAGAAACCAUUUUCAUGUUCUGAAUGUGGGAAACGCUUCACUCGAAUGUCAGUUCUAAAGACACAUAUGAGGAUUCACACAGGAGAGAAACCAUUUUCAUGUUCAGAAUGUGGGAAAUGUUUUGCUCACUUGUCAGCUCUUAAGACACAUCAAAGUACUCACACAGGAGAGAAAUUAUAUUCAUGUUCUGAAUGUGGGAAAUGUUUUGCUCACUUGUCAACUCUUAAGAGACAUCAAAUAUUUCACACUGGAGAGAAACCAUUUUCAUGUUCUGAAUGUGGGAAACGCUUCACUCAAAUGUCAGUCCUAAAGACACAUAUGAGGAUUCACACAGGAGAGAAACCAUUGUCAUGUUCUGAAUGUGGGAAACGCUUCACUCGAAUGUCAGUCCUAAAGACACAUAUGAGGAUUCACACAGGAGAGAAACCAUUUUCAUGUUCAGAAUGUGGGAAAUGUUUCAGUCGCUCUUAUAGUCUUAAGUCUCAUCUAAAGAUUCACACCGGAGAGAAAUCCUAUUCAUGUUCUGAAUGUGGGAAAUGUUUUGCUCACUUGUCAGCUCUUAAGUCACAUCAAAGGAUUCACACAGGAGAGAAAUUAUUUUCAUGUGCAGAAUGUGGAAAAUGUUUCAGGGACUCUACCGCUCUUAACAAACAUCAAAGGAUUCACACAGGAGAGAAAUUAUUUUCAUGUGCAGAAUGUGGAAAAUGUUUCCGGGACUCUACCGCUCUUAACAAACAUCAAAAGAUUCACACAGGAGAGAAAUUAUUUUCAUGUGCAGUAUGUGGAAAACGUUUCCGUGACUCUUUCUCUCAAAUUGCACAUCAAAGGAUUCACACAGGAGAGAAACCAUUUUCAUGUUCUGAAUGUGGGAAACGCUUCACUCGAAUGUCAGUUCUAAAGACACAUAUGAGGAUUCACACAGGAGAGAAACCAUUUUCAUGUUCAGAAUGUGGGAAAUGUUUUGCUCACUUGUCAGCUCUUAAGACACAUCAAAGGGCUCACACAGGAGAGAAACCAUUUUCAUGUUCUGAAUGUGGGAAACGCUUCACUCAAAUGUCAGUUCUAAAGACACAUAUGAGGAUUCACACAGGAGAGAAACCAUUGUCAUGUUCUGAAUGUGGGAAACGCUUCACUCGAAUGUCAGUCCUAAAGACACAUAUGAGGAUUCACACAGGAGAGAAACCAUUUUCAUGUUCAGAAUGUGGGAAAUGUUUCAGUCAACAUUCAAAUCUUAGAACACAUCAGAAGACUCACACAGGAGAAAAACCAUAUUCUUGUUCUGCGUGUGGGAGAUGCUUUGCUCACAUGUCAAAUCUUAAGAUACAUCAGAGGACUCACACUGGAGAAAAACCAUUUUCUUGCUCUGAAUGUGGGAAAAAGUUUGCUCAAAUAGCAAAUUACAAAAAACAUAUGAGGAUUCACACAGGAGAGAAGCCAUUUUCCUGUUCAGAUUGUGGAAAAUGUUUUAGUGACCCUUCUGCUCUUAUGAGUCAUCAAAAGAUUCACACAGGAGAGAAACCAUUUUCUUGUUCAGUAUGUGGGAAAUGUUUUUCGCACAUGUCAAAUCUUAAGGCACAUCAAAGGAUUCACACAGGAGAGAAACCAUUUUCAUGUUCAGUAUGUGGGAAAUGUUUUAGUCAAAUGACAAAUCUUCAGACACAUCAGAAGAUUCACACAGUAGAAAAAUAAUUUUCUAGUUCAGAAUGCGGGAAAUGUUCAACUGACCUUUGAAUUCUUAACAAUCAUCAGAAGAUUCACAUGAGAGAGAGCAUUUCAUGUUCAGAAUGUAGGAAAUGGUUCAGUCAAAUUACAAAUGUUGAAACCGAUCAAAUGAUUCACACAGAAGAAAACAUUAUUUUAUUUAAAUCAGCACGCAAAAACUUUGAAACAAAUAUUAAAACUAAAUUAAAGUACCAAAGACUUUGAAAAGUGUGUAAUACAUGUCAAUAGACUUGGUCAGAUUGCAUUAUUGGCCACUCCUCUCAGCUAGGGGAAUUUCCCAGCCUUCCUUCCCCCUUUACGGUGCAAUAUCAGUUCUAAACUAGUCCACUAAUGACAGGAGGGCUUCACUGUGCCCCACCAGAAGAGAGAACACCAAAACCUGCUCUACGUUAUCACACUGACCAGACUCCCUCUCUUCUCUCCCUGUCAGGAUGCUCCAAGCUGAUCAGAUCUUCUAACUGCACGUGUGUAAUCCUGUCAGGAAUAAAUAUAGAGGGACACCUACUUUAUAUAUGUACUCUUUCAGGUUAGAAAAAAAAAACACAUUUAGCUGUUUGGAGCCUGCAGAUUGAAGCCACUUUCUCAAACGUUAGACCAACCUGGACUCAAUAUAAUUACAUCUGGGUAGUUGAAACGUACGUCUUAAAAUGUUAUUUCGUAACG